AUGAACUCCAACACCAACAACGCUGCUGCCGGCCAGAAGGAAGACUACCUUGACAAGGGCCUUGACACGGCCGAGAAAAAGUUCGGUGGUUCCAUGGGACAGGACACGCAGAAGAACCGAGGUGUCAACGAGAAGAUUACAGAUGGAGCCCGCGACAUGUUCGAAAAAGCAACCGGCAAGAACGUCCCCGACAAGUUCUCCAACUAG